UGGAAACAGGAUCCCUGCGUUCCACUAUCUGCGCGCGUCUCCGCGGUGUAGUGUCAGUGUCGUGGUGGCGCUGCAACGAGACCCGUCUCGAAGUUCAGGGGAGGAGGGACUUUCUUGAAACGCGGGGGCCAAAGGAGCGACUCCCUGCGCAGACCGGGACAUCCAGUCAUCCAGUCAGUCAUCCAGUCAUCCAGUCAGUCAGUCAGUCAGUCCACCAGUCAGUCCACCGUCCCGCCGCCGGUGCGCGCAUCCGUCCGUCAAGCUGCGCUUCACCUGAGAGAGACAGAGAGAGAGAGAGACAGAGAGACACAGAGAGAGAGAGAGAGAGAGACAGAGAGACAGAGAGAGAGAGAGAACACCAGUCUUCACACUCUGUAAUCACACGAUGGAUUCCUGGACGUCCACCUCUGCGCUCCUGCUCGCCGGGUUUCUUUCCUCCGCAGCCUUCAGUCACUUCGAGACCGAGUGUUACACGGCCAACGGCGAGGACUACAGGGGCCUCCAGAACCAGACCAGCCUCCACGGCGGGAAGCCCUGUCUCUUCUGGAAUGAGACCUUCCAGCACCCGUACAACACCCUCAAAUACCCCAACGGAGAGGGCGGCUUGGGCAGCCACAACUACUGCAGGAAUCCAGAUGGGGACGUCCAGCCUUGGUGCUACAUCGCUGAUAACGAAGACGGGAUCUACUGGAGAUACUGUGACAUCCCUUCGUGCCAGAUGCCGGGGAACUUGGGCUGCUUCAGGGACAGCGGCGACCCGCCCACGCUGUCGGGCACCAGCGAGACCUCCAACAAACUCACCAUCCAAAACUGUAUCAGCUUCUGCAGGAAGCAGCGAUACAAGCUCGCCGGUAUGGAGUCAGGAUACGCCUGUUUCUGCGGCAACGAGGUGGACCUGCCCGACCACCACGGCGGCGAGUCGCCGAGCAUGGAGUGCAACCACGUGUGCUUCGGCGACCACACGCAGCCCUGCGGCGGAGACGGCUGGGUCAUCAUCUUCGACACCCGGGUCGGGGCCUGCGGCGGGAACUACUCCGCUCCAUCGGGGGUGAUCUACUCGCCCGACUUCCCCGACAAGUACGGGCCGGGCCGCGUCUGCUACUGGACCGUCCAGGUGCCCGGGGCGCACGCCCUCCUCUUCAACUUCACCUUCUUCGACAUUUCCCACCAGACGGACAUGGUGGAGCUGCUGGACGGCUACACCAACCAGGUGGUGGCCCGCUUCGACUGGCGCAGCCGGCCGCGGGAGCUGGUGAACGUCACGGGCGACUUUGUCAUAGUCUACUUCUACUCGGACCGCACCAACCAGGCGCAGGGGUUCGCUCUGCUUUACCAAGCACUGAGAAGCCAAGACACCAGGACGAUGGAGGCCGAGGGAGACGGCGAGGACGAGGGCGAGGACGCCCCCAGCACGGCGGGGCCGCAGCUGGCCCGCGGCGUCACCCAGCGCUCCAACAGCACCUCCAACGGACGCUCCUCCCAGAUCCUCUACGUGAUCACGUCCAGCCCCGGCAAACCGGAUCACAACAUGCCAGGUCAGUGGGCUGGACGCGGCGAGACCACCGGCCACAGCGCUAUGUGGACCAUCUACGCUCUGGCCGCGCUCCUCAUCCUCACCGUCGUAGCCAUGGUGGCGAAGCUGCUGCUGCACAUCACAGUCAAGUCCCCCAACAUCCCCACCGUCAGCGGGUCGGACAGCUGCAGCCAGAGCACGGCGUCCUCCGAGCCCUGGAUCAUCCUGUACCGGCCCUCCACCAUCUCCCUCUUCAAGAAGAAGCUAAAGAACCACCACGGCGACCUCAGCCCCCUGGUGGGCAACUAGCGCCACCGCUGCGCUCGUUCGCCCGUUAACCAAAAUACGCCGCCGCCGCCGCCGCCACCCACAACUAUUCCGUAUCGAGGGGUCAUCAGAUGCCAGGGCCCCCUCAAGACAAUGACUCUCUACGAGGCGCCGCCACGCUGCCAACGCCAACGACCGAGUGGCUAAAGACAAUGACAGUGACUGCUGCUAAAAACGGCCCCCCCCCCCCCGCAGGGGCCCCGAGUGGCCGCGCCCUCCCAUCACGCUCAGCACCAAAGAGGCGAGGGACGGGCGGGGGCUUCCAGCGACCACCACGGUGUGGGAGAGGAGGGCCGAGAGGAGUGGGACGGAAAGGGAGAAGACAGGACUGGACUGCAGCUCUGACGAAAGAUGCUUUUUCAGACGCGCGGGGAGUUAUUCUGGUGUUCGGCGAGGCUCCAUUUCAUCCACACGCGCACACACCUCCGCAAUCCCUUCCAGCCCGCGGCCCCGCCGCUGAAGACACAGCUUAGGAAAAAAACCUGGUGCUUUCAGAGUCACAGUGGCGACGGACUCUUCGUCAGUAUCACGAUGAGGAAACGGAGUCGGUGACACACAUGAGCGUAACAGUUCCACACAGCUUCUUCCAACUGGGACGAUUGAACACUCGCAGCCCAAACCCCCCCCCACCACCCCCACACAAUCCUCCCGUGCAAAGAGUGGUGUAUGCAACUGUACUUUUUGAUUUCCCCGUUUGCAAAGUGCUGAUGUUUUGUUUUUUGUUUUUUUUUUGUUUUUUUUGCGUUUGACAUGAAAACCAGCUUUCUGAGGCGGAGGGAAAAGAACGGGGGGCGGCGGAAGUGUCACGCAGAGAGAAGAUCUCACGGCACUUUGGGGGUUUGAAAUCGCAUAGCCGUGAAAAAAGAAAAACCAAAAGAUCAGAGAGCGCCCACUCGGUUCACUCGGCGCUCGUGUGGAUCUGGGUGGAGCGACGACGAUGGAGGGGGUGGAGGGGCGCAGGCGGGGGGGGGCAGCAGCAGCUUGCUGACAAACUGCCAUUUAGGGAGACUCGGGGAAGAUCUGAGGGCUUUUUCUCUCUUUUUUUUCCUGCUCGUUUGUGGGGUUGGGAGUCGUUUGUCGAUGGCGUCCAAGUGCCUUAUGGGUCCCCUCCCGCCCCUCGUGAUCCCUUUGUAAAUCUGUGUGGACGUGAGGAGUUUCAUUCCAAACAAAAAAAAACAGGUUUUCCGCCACUUCAAUGUAAAGAGAAAAAAAGGAAACAAAACCGAUAUACGCCAUAUCUUGUAUAUCUUGUACAGCCAUUUGAAAGCGUUCAAUGUUUUAAAACCAUGGUACACUCAACCGAACACCUCUCCAGACCGGGUCUCCUACGUUGUUGUUUACUGAUGAUGUUUUGUACUUUCUUCCCCCCCCCAAAAUAACCCCCAACAUAUAGUCUUUUGGAAUAGAGCUCUUCGAGUAGUAACCGACGAGGCUUCAAAAGAAAAACAUCUUUCUAAUUCUGCCCGUCUUUACCUUUUCUGUGUAGUCUUGGACAUUUACUGAACAUAUUGUUCACAUUAAGUUGUCUUUUGAUUGCAGGGCGGAGGGGGGAGGGGAGGGGAGGGGAGGGGGGGGGUAUUAUUGUACAUUAUGUAAUUCAGUGUGGAAAUGGAAUGAUGAUAUUUAUGUGUCCGCUCUUUUUAUUUUGUGUCUAGGCAACGCAUUUGAGAAUCCUGUCAAAGUGCUCUCUGUAACUGCUCAUCAACGCAGUGGAAUGCGUUCUUUUCUUCUCUCUCUCUCUCUCUCUCUCUCUCUCUCUCUCUCUCUCUCUCUCUCCUUGGAGAGCCGUAAAUUGCCUACAUUUUUUUUUUUUUUUUUAAAUCACAAAAUGCUGCAGACCCUCCCGAAGCUUUCGCUUGCCACCUCAAUUUCAGGCCCAAAAAGAUUUUGCAGUAAACAAGCGGGGACCGAAAGCACUCGGCGGUACUGCGCACGGGCUGACAAGCGGACCUGCAGCCGCGGCGGUGGCGUUUUAAGCUCCUCGCAGAGAAGGUCGACGUCCAACUGGUGCCCCAUUGGCGUAGCAAUUCCCGCCCAGGAACUGGGUGUUAUCUGUGGGCAGGCACCUGCAGAUUGGUGCCCCCCCGCCCCCCGGAUAGAAAUCUCCUAACACACUGUCAGGAUGAAUACGGAAGAGAUCCGAGGCCACAAAUGCACUUAGAUUUGAUUCUGCUUGCCAUAAGAAACACUUCUUAUUCGCUGUUGGUUUUCAGAAUGGAAAAAAAGAGACACGUACCUUUUUGCAGCAGCAGCAGCAGCAACCUGAGCACUUGAGGGACAACAGGUCAUAUUUUACCCACAAUUCAGCAGCGGAGUCAGGUUGGAGUCAAAAGAUGCAUUUGGAGAUCAGCGACCUUUCUCUCGCCCAAAUGCGACCCCUGCUCCGCGCUGCCUGCCUGUCUCGGGCUGGAUCUCCUCAUGUUAAUUAUGGCAAGACAAGAGCACAUGCCCCCGGGUCUGUGUGCGACGUGCAGGGCCGGCCGUGCAGGCGUAGACGGAGCGAGAGCAGGCGAGAGAGCGAUGGGGGAAAUGAAAGUGCGUUCAAAUGUAACACAAGCUAACGACAUCCGACAGUUUGAAUCUUACAAGGGCAUAUUUGUUUGGAUAACCCUGGUGAAUUAUGCAACACCCCCCCCCCUUGUUUUUCUGUCCCAUCCCUCCAGUCAAUCGGUAAAAAAAUUCCACGCCAUCUCCUCCUGAGCGAUGGAAACAAGUCUUUGUUUCAACACCCCCCCCCCCCCC